CAUCACCACUUGUACUGGAAAAAAGGGAUUGCAGUUCGCCUCCACCAGUCUCUCGGGCACACGUCGCUAAACGACUCCCUUUACAUCCAGAGCAGCGACUUCUGGAGUCGCCAGAUAACUGAUGAUCUGUCAAUUCCCACUUCUCCAACUUAGUCGCUGUAGCAUGUUAAAAAGCCGGCAAUUUUUUUAGGAUCGCCAAAUUUUAUACAUCGAAGUAGUCGUGCAUCCCAGCAGCCGUAUGAAAUUGUGAUUUUUUUUAACUUUUUUUUUCAAAUAUUAUUUGUAAGAUUGGUUGUAGGAUUUCUUAAUCGGCGGCUCACGACUAGUAGUGCUGCGAUGAUGGCGGAUUGCGCCGCGGCCUUCAGUUUCCCGUCUCCGCAUGGCGCGCCGCUUGCCACGCGAGGCAGAACUAGUAGGGGCGGUUUCGUGGUGGGGAGUGAGAAGACGGCGCCGCCCAUUUCUGAGGUGACUUUUGAGUUGGCUCAACUUGAUUCGACAUUUGAAGAGACACCUCGAUUCAAUGACGAGGCGACGUUGAAGGGCACCGACAGCUUCGUCCCUGAAUUCACGGACCCUGAGACUGUUGAAAUCUCUUCGCCAAUCUUUGCGCCGGCCGCGCCAGUCUCCGCGCCAGUCUCCGCACCAGUCUCCGCACCAGUCUCCGCGCCAGUCUCCGAGCUAGCAGCUAUCGACCCGGAAAAGCUGGAAGCCUGCCAGCAGGAGAUCCUCUUCUCCGUCACCUACCAGCGCAGAGGCGAAUCGCAGCACGACACGUGUCCAGCAGCGGGAAUUGCGCCGCAUCAGCCGGACGGGGGAGUGGCUUGUGUCGUCACGACGGCCUCCUCGCUUCACUGCCGCGCCCGCGGGAGCAAAUCUUCCGCCGGGAGCCGUCUCCCACCCACCUCGCCGUUACCUUACCCUCCGCGCCGGCCGCAGUUAGUAGUAACGGCGUCUCCGUCGACCUUGGCAUCGUCGGCUAUGGACUCCAUAUCGGAUAUCCAUACCUUUUCGAGGACUCCUCGGAGUACAAGUGUUAGUAGCGGGGACGAAUCUCCGCGAAUGGCGCCUCCUCCCUUCCCCAAGUCCAUCACAUGCCCGCCGCGUUCCGCGCCGUCAAUCACUGCGGCUACGGCGGCCGCCGCGGCCGCUUCUGCGCCCGGCGCUUUCGACCCGAUGUCGCGGGAAUCCAGCGUUGGCUCCGCUUCCGCCGGUCUAGGCGGGUUUCUGCCUUCCCCUGUCGCCGCUGGCGCCGGUGCGAAGCCGCCCUUCUCCGCCGCUCGCGCACCUCCCGCCGUUGGCACGCGUCCCGCGGGGAGCGACUCGGAGCCCCUCUUCGUCAGAUUCUCCCGCGCCGCGUCGUGCGAGAGCCUGCUCUCCUUGCAAUCCGCUCCGCCCGUUAGAAGCGCCCAACCCGCGUCGUGCGAGAGCCUGCUCUCUCUCCAAGCCGUUCCUCCGCCCCGUCAAGGGGCCGCCGCCGUUACGCGCGCGGCGGAAGGCGUUCUUCCGCAGCCGAGAGAAUCAUCCGCCGCCGCCGCCGCCGCCACAGCAACAACCUCGCGCGGCCCUUCGCUGGCUCCGACUGCCUCCCCCGCCGCUGCUUCCGCAGCGGUGGUUUUUCGGGUAAGCCGCGGCGGCCGGCCGCGGCCGGAUUUCGAUGCGGCCCUUUCGGCGCCUUCCCCGUCGCAUUCACCGCCGCGUACGACGCGUUUGGCGCCGCGUUUUCCGGCGGGGGUGAUGGCGCAAGUGGUGCGGCAGUCGCAGUGCGCGCAGCUCGUCGUGCGGCCCGCCGAUGGAGCCGUGAUGUGCGCCAGUCGAGGCGCGGAGAAGGUGCUUCGCGCUCGGAAGGGUCCGCUGGAGGGGAGCUCCUUUCCUGAAAUGGCGGGCGAUGCUCUGCCUCUGGACACGUGGCGGCACCUCGUUGGGCAGCUGGAGAGCCGCAGCGUGGAUGUGGUAACCCUAUCUCUGCCGCUGCUGCGUUACAGCGAUGGGCACGGCACAGCAGCACCAUCGGCAGAAUCAGCAUCAACACCAGCAGCACCAGAACCACAAGCAGCAGCAGUAGAAGCACCAGCACCAUCAUCUUCACCAGCAGCAGCAGCAGCAGCAGCAGCAGCAGUAGCAGCACCACCAACACCAGCAGCAGCAACAGCAGCAGCACCGGCAGCACCACCAGCUACCCUCCCGCCGGCCCUCAAGCCUGCAGUGUCAGCGCUUAGAAACGUACUUUCUAAGACAGGUACCCCUGUGGCCGGCGCCCAGUGGAUUUACCGGUGGAUGGUGAGCCGGGAGAAGGGGGGGGAAGGGAAGGGGAAGGGGGCGGGGAGAGGAGAGAGGGGAGAGGUGUGUGAGGGGAGCGAGCAGCAGGGGGGGCAUAAAGGGCAUUCGAGGCAGCAGCAGCAGCAGCAGCAGCAGCAGCAGCAGCAGCAGCAGCAGCAGCAGCAGCAGCAGCAGUGGGAGGAGGUGGAGGACCUGGAGGGAGACGUGGAGGGAGACGUGGAAGGAGAAGGAAACGAGGAGCAGCAACAGCAGCAGCUGGAGCAGCAGCAAUUGCAGGGGCAGGAACAGGCGCAGGAGCAGGGGCAGCGGGAGGAGAGAGAAGGGUUGGUGCAUGUGUGCAUUCAGUUGUUUGACAUCGGGCCAGCUAAGGACUUGGUGGUAACAGUCUUGACACCACCUGAGGGCCCCUCACGAUUUUCUGAGCCAUCACCCUGGCACUGCUCCAAAGCUAAGCCCGAGGCUUGGCAGCAGGCCCAAGCCAACCGACAGACCUUUACGCAAGAAGCCAAGAGCCUCAGCACUUGUAGCAAUGAUGCUGACGCUCCACUGCUGCUGACAAGCCCGACCAAACCUCCCGCCAAGCCUCAACUUCGGGCUCGGAAGCAUCCCGCGCCAGCGAAAGGCCAACCUGCAGCUCGAGAAAUCACAUCCUCUGCUGUUGCUGCCAGCUCAGCAGAGCGAUCUGCCAGCUCAGGAGGCAUAACAGCCAGCUCAGCAAGCCAGCCUGCCAGCUCAGCAGCAGAUGGUGCAGAGAGGAACGAAGGAGCGAGCAAGCCGCAGCAGCAAGUGUACUCUACAAUCCACAUACCCUUUGCUUCUAUGCCUACCCAUCCUCUCCUUUCCGCCCUCUCACAAACCAGACCUCCCGCUGCCAAGCCUGCGUCCCAAAGCAAAGGCGCAGGCUCGGUAGAGGGCUGGUUCCGUAGCCUGUACAGCAGCGGUAGGAGAAAAAAGGCACAGCAGAGCGUUCUCCCGAUCCUGAACCGCCGGGAAGGCUCGGGACGAAGCAACUGGGGGGGCUUGGCGUUGGGCGGUGGGGUAGGAAGGGAUGGGGAGGGUCGGCAUGGGGAGACCAUAGCUGAGAUUGCGAACGCUGCUAAGGCUGCUUCGGCUGUUGCUGCUUCGUCGACUGCUGCUGCUGUUGCUGCUGCUGCAGCUGCUGUUAAUGCUGCUGCUGAUGAGAGCACCCUUACUGAUUGCGCCUUUUCUGAUAGCACCCUUUCUGAUGGCACCCUUGCUGCCAUUCCUUCUGCUGCUGCCAAGCUGGCUCCGCUUUCUCUCUCUCCGUCUGCUCCUGUCUCUACCUCUGCCACUUCCCCUAUCUCUCUCUCUCCCUCUGCCUCCGCCUAUGUCCCUUCCUUCGCCACUGCCUCUCCCUCUCCCUCUGCGUCCGCCUUUGCCCCUGAGUCCGCCUCAGUUCCUAUUCUUGCCACCUCUACUUCUCCUCCUCCUCCUCCUCCUCCUCGUUCUCUCCCUCCUCCGUCCCCAUCCGCUCCUCCUAUCCUCACCCCAUCCAAGUCCUCCUCGUGUUUAGAGGCGGCUCAAAGCACUCGCGCUCUUCUAGCCCCCUCGGGAUGCUACUCUGAGCUGCGCAAGGGCAAGCUGAGCACAUGGGACGUGGCGGUGGCGGUGGGUGCAAACGGGGGGGCGAAGGCAGGCAGCGAGGAGGAGCGCAGUGACACGGACGCGCAAGAGGAAACGAGGGAGAAGGCGGGGGAGAAAGUGGGGGAGAAGGAGAAGGAGAGGGAGAAUGAGAGGGAGCAGCAGCCGUUGGGGCUGCGGCGCAUUCGAGUGGAUCCGUCUCAGAAGCCCCGGGGUGCAUCAGAGACGUGGCUGCUGCACGACUUUAAGGAGCGCCCGGGCAACCAGUUCAAGUUCCGCAUGCUCUUUGAGCUCUCCUCGGACCCCAAGAUGCUCCUGACCAAGGACGGUCGUCUGCUGGACUGCAACCAGGCUACUGUCCGAAUGAUCAAAUCGCGCUCCAAGGACCACCUGAUUGGCCGCACCAUCCAGUCGCUAUCCCCGCUGCUACAGCCGGGGUCAGGGCAGCCCGCUACAGCCCUGCAAGCGAUACUUGAUGAGCUGGCAGAGAGCAAUGCUGUCAGCAAUGCAGGCACCAACGCCGGCAGCAAUGCUGCCGGUGGAAAUACCAGCAACACCGGCAGCGGCAGCAGUAGCAGCAGCAGCAGCAGCAGCAGCAGCAGCAGUAGUAGCAGUAGCAGCAGCAGUAGCAGCAGCAGAAGUAGUAGCACAAAAAGCAGCAGCAUCAGCAGCAGCACCACCACCAGCACCAGCAGCGGGUCGUGCGACCUGCGUCGGUUCGAGUGGGUGUUUCAAGACGACGAGGGCGGCAUGCUGCCAGUGGAAGCCCUCUGCCGACUCGUCGACCUCGUAGGGCCAACCGCGCAGGGAGGCGCAGACUCAGGCCAAGCACAGUCGCAGUCACAGUCCCCCUCGUCUCACUCCCACUCCUCGCAAUCACAGUCGUUGCAGUCACACUCGCCCAAGUCCCCUUCCUCCCAGACCCAGUCCUCUUCUGCUGCCCCCCCCUCCUCCUCCUCCUCCUCCUCCGCCGCCUCGUCCGCCUUGUCGCACGCGGCGGUGUAUCUGAUGGUGUGGCACGACCUCACCGAGGUGAAGCGGAAGGAGGCCUCUCUGGAAAGAGCCAAGCAGGAGGCGGAGCGCGCCAGGCAGGCGGCUGAGAGGGCGAGCCUCUCAAAGACGCAGUUCCUGGCCAACAUGAGCCACGAGAUCCGCACGCCCAUGAACGGCGUCAUCGGCGUGGCAGAUCUCUUAUUGGACACGGCGCUGAGUGAAGAGCAGAGGAUGCUGGCUGAAACGAUCCGGUCGUCCAGUGAGGGGCUGCUGCAGAUUCUCUCGGACAUCCUCGACCUGAGCAAGAUCGAGAGCGACAAGAUGGAGCUCGAGGCUGUGCAGCUCAACGCCAGGCAGCACCUCUCGAGUUCACUCUCUCUGUUUCGAAUGGCCGUUCAAGACAAGGGGCUACAGCUGAACGUGCGAGUGGCCCCGGACGUGCCCCACAUGGUCACUGCCGAUGCAGUGCGCUUACGGCAAGUGCUGCUGAACCUGGUGUCGAACGCCCUCAAGUUCACCCACCACGGCUGCAUCUCCGUCUCCCUCUCUCGGGUCCACUCCUGCCCCGGCUGCUGCUGCUGCCACCCCCCCAAGGACGAGCAGAGUGGGGCCAAGGAGGAGGGGGGGGAGGGGGGGAAGGGGGGAGAGGGGGGAGAGAGCGGAGGCGCAAAAGCGGAAAGAACGGAGGGGAGGAAGGAUGAACAACGAGGGGAGAAGAGAGAGGAGGCGGGAGGCGAGGAGGAAGCGUCAAGAGUGGUGCUGCAGUACACAGUGGCGGACACGGGGAUAGGGAUCUCGGCAGAGGGCCAGAGCCGCCUCUUCCAGGCGUUCACCCAGGCGGACAGCAGCACGUGCCGGCGGUUUGGCGGGACGGGUCUUGGAUUGGCCAUAUGCCGGGCGCUGGUGACACUGAUGGGAGGAACGAUCAAGCUGACGAGCCAGGAAGGCCAGGGCUCAACCUUUUCGUUCACAGUGUGUGUGGGAGCACUCAGCAACAGCCCCGGUGGAACUGGCUCGGCUGCCGAGCCUGUCGAGUACGUCUGGAGCCGAACCUCCAGCUACAGCAGCAGCCUAAGUGGCUACAUUCGCAGCACCAGCAGCACGGGGACGGAUGACAGGAAGAGGUGUGACAAUAAAGAGAGUGACUCUGAGCAAGUUGAAGGCAGAAGAUGCUGUGGGAAUGAAAGCAAGUGUUCAGUUGGGGAGAGAAUAACGGAGGAAAUAGAGGAGAGAAUAGAAGAGAGAAUAGAAGAGAGAGUAGAAGAGAGAAUAGAAGAGAGAAUAGAAGAGAGAAUUGAGGAGAGAAGUGAAGAGAGAAGAGAUGUGCUUAAGGGAGAAUUCGGUGUGCAGAUAACCACAGUAACCAUAGGGGAGCAGAUGUUGGAGGGAAAUGAGUGCAAGGAGCAAGUUGAGCUACCAAACGAAGCACUCUAUAACGGGGUCAAGAGCAGGGACGAGGGAGGUGUUUCAGGUGAAGGGUGCAGGCGGGAUGGGCAAGAGGAGCAGCAGCAAGCGACGGGCACAGAUGAGACGGAUGAGAAUGCACGCAGGGGUCCCGUUCGCCCUCGUGGCAGUGUAGGUUUGCCCAAUAAGUCGCCAGUAGGAGCAGCAGUAGGAGCAGCAGCAGGAGCAGCAGCAGGAGCAGCAGCAGGAGCACCACGGCAGGCGAUCAGUGUUAGCUUCUCGGAAGGGGACCUGCCGGUGAUGUGUGCCCUAGGGGGCAGCAGUGGCACCAGCCUGGUGACAGAGAGGAGAGGCACUGGUCUCUCUGCAACCGCGAGAGCUAGUGCUGGCUCUGCUGCUGUGUCCCCCUAUCUGUCCUCCUCUGGGCAGCACCCCAACAGCAUUCCUUCUGCACCAGCAGCACCAGCAGAAGCAGGGGAGAGCAGCAAAUUACAGCUUGCUAAGGAGUGCAGUUUACGCGUGCUAGCAGCAGAGGAUAGUGCGUUAAGGGCGCAAGCAACAGCACCAGCAGCAGCAGCAGCAGCAGGAGCAGCAAAGCAGCGCACAUUGAGUGUGCUGGUGGCGGAGGACAAUGCGGUGAACCAGCUCGUGGUCACGCGCAUGCUCACGCGCCUGGGGCUGGCCUGCCGUGUUGUCGAUAACGGGGCCAUGGCUGUGGACGCCUGCCGGCAGGAGCGCUUCGACCUCGUGCUCAUGGACUGCCACAUGCCUCAGAUGGACGGGCUGGAAGCCACUAGAAGGAUCCGACAGAUGGAGGCGGGAAGGAGCCAGGAGCAUUUCACAGGGAGGAGCGCGGAUGACAAUCAAAGCAGUAGCUUGGGCGGGAGCAGCAGUUGUGAGAGCAGUGGUGAGAGCAGUGGUGGCAGCAUCGUGGAGUGCAAUGAUAUGAGCACACUGCGAAGCCGUAGCGGCGUAAGUGCACUUGCGCCGACGUUUAUUGUCGCGCUGACUGCAAGUGCGUUUGAUUUCGAGCGGGAGGCGUGCUUUUCGGCUGGGAUGAACCACUUCCUUACCAAGCCGAUCCGGCCUAAGGACCUUCAAGGUUUGAUAAACUUGCUACAGCUUCCUCUACGAGGAAUGGAAUGAAUGGUCCUAGCUAGUGUAAAGCUCCCGUUGAUUUUUUAUUAUUAUUUUAGGAUGUCCACUUGUCCUAGUAUAUAAUCGUUUUCACUUACAACUAAUGAGAACAUAGCUUCAGC